AUGCGUAAUACGACGGAACACAGGUGUUCGGAGAGGACGUUGACCAGACUGAGCAGCGCGUUUUCUGCAUGUGGUGGCACAAGAAGACUACAGGAGAGUUUCAAUGUUGAGCACCCAUGUCGGUUCUGCUUAGCAAAGAAGAGUGAAAUCCAGGAGAAGGAGGUCUGUUCUGGAGCAUUUGAACUGAGAACCAAGCAGGAGCAUGACAGGCAAGUGGCUGAAGUGUUACACAAUGAGAAUUUGGUAAAGAAGUAUGGUGUGAAAGGGGGCUGUGUAUUAAGUGAAAGGUUAGAACAUUUUCACACAGUUGGUGGUUUUCCACCUGACAUAAUGCAUGACCUUAUGGAGGGUGUCAUCCCUAUUGAAAUGUCCUUGUGCAUUAAUGAUUUGGUCUCAAGGAAAUUAAUCUCUCUUGAAUCCCUGAAUCAAGCUAUCAAGCAGUUUCCUUACAAAUUCUCAGACAAAGUUGAUCAGCCUCAGAUCAUCCCAGGCACAUUUGCCUCCAAAGGUACUAUUGGGGGUAAUGCCCAUGAGAAUUGGGCACUUGUUAGACUUCUGCCCCUCAUGGUGGGCCUUAAUAUCCCUGAAAAUGAUAAAACAUGGGAAAUUGUUUUGCUUUUGAAAGAUAUUUUGGAAAUGACAUUGGCAUUCAAGUUCACUGAGGAUUCUCUUGAUUUUCUUGAUGCAAAGAUUGCAGAACACAGACAUUUACUUUUAACAGUCUUUCCUCAUUUCACAUUGCGCCCCAAACACCACUACAUUGAGCACUAUCCACAACUCAUAAGAAUGUAUGGACCACUAAGAGAUAUGUGGACAAUGCGGUUUGAGGGAAAACACAAAUUUUUCAAGCAGGUAAUCCAUGACACCAAAAACUUCAAAAAUGUUCCACAAACUUUAGCAGUUCGCCAUCAAAGGCUGCUGGCUUACUACAUUGACUCCCCCUCCUUUCUCAAGCCAUCCAUUGAGACAGAAAAGGUGACUGGUACUUUGAUUUCAACUUUCCCUGAGAACAUUCAGGAAUUCCUGAGAAAAACAUAUGCAGUUCAGAACACUGUCCUCACAGCAUCAUCUGUGAGCAUUGAUGGUAUCAAGUAUAAUCCAGAUAUGGUUUUAUCUGUUGGUACUUGUUCAGGUCUGCCUGAUUUCAGGCAGAUUUUCAAAAUUCUUGUCAUCACCAGUGAUGUUCUGUUUGUGUGUAAAGAUCUGACAUGUUGGUACAUUGAGCACCUCCGUUCUUUUGAACUUUGCAGUCAUGUGCUAUCACUGUCAAUCACCAAACUUUCAGAUCUGAAUGACCCAUUUCCUUUGCCAGCCUAUAAACUUCGGGGCAGGACCUAUGCUACACUCAAACAUUAUAUCAUAUGCUGAAUAAAUGAUAGUUUAGGUUUAAAGGGAAUUUACAAACCUAGUUAUUUACUUUCAUUCAGGAUUGGUAAUGACUAAAUACUACAUUAGGGAGAAAAGUCGUGGAAAACAGACAUUGCUUCUCAAGCUUCAGGAGAACACAAAAGCAUUAUAUAAUUUCAUUCAACUACAAUUGUUUGAAUAGUUUAUCAAUGGGUUUCUUGAGAAACAAACUGAAAUGUAAU